CUUCCCCCAGCUAUCUCGCCUCUCUCUCAACUCCAGAAGACCAGAACCCCUUCGAACGCAACAGCCUCUGUUCUUCGGAAGAACUUCUUCCAUCUCGUCGUCGUUCUUCAACCAGUCCAGCCACCGCCGCCGUCCGCGCUUCUCCAAAAGCCGUCGCAACGCCUCUGUUCGUCGCACGUCCGCGUCUGUUUGCCGAGCUUCCCUUCUGUUUCGCCGUGCUUUUGCCGCCGUUUCACCGUGCUUCCGCCGCGCUCCAGCCAUCGUCAUCCAGCCUCGGUUCAAGUGAAAGUGUCCUGCCUCCCCUACCAACCCCGACGCCUCUUUUUUUUGAAGAAAAACCACACAAUUGGGCUGGCCCACUCAAAAUUUGCUUUUGCUCUCCGUAAUACAGUGGGCCUUUCCCGAUUAUUCCCCCAGCCCAAGCCCAAAGAGAAAAAGGAUAUCUGGCCUCACCUCGCCGCGACGGCACUAGCGCUCCUAAUCGAAGUUGAAUCGGAAAGUAAUGCAGUGAUGGAGUUUUGCCCAACUUGUGGAAACAUGUUGCAGUAUGAACAGCCUAAUCUGGGUCGCCCCUCUAGAUUUUAUUGUCCAACUUGCCCCUACGUUUGCCACAUUGAGAACAUGGUCAAGAUUAAGAGAAAGCAGUUGUUGGUGAGGAAAGAGAUAGAGCCUGUUAUCUCGCAAGAUGACAUGAAGAAUGCUCCCACUGCUGAGGUGCCAUGCCCAAGAUGCAGUCAUGAUAAAGCUGCUUACACAGAGUUUCAGACUCGUUCAGCUGAUGAGCCAGCAACUAUAUUUUACUUGUGCCUGAAUGAGAAGUGUAAGCACCAAUGGCGUGAAGAUUAACUGCAUAUGCUCAUGCAAUCUUUUUAUUAUUUUUGGUUGGCCCAACAUAGAGAAGCUUUUCAUGUUGUUUGAAUAGAAAUUAUAUGGCAGCUGAGAGGGUGUGGUUCUUGGUUUCCUCUUUUUUGCUAAUAAUUACAAAAUUCUUAUAUUUUCCAGUUUUUUGUCUAUUUUAGAAUAUUAAUAAAAUAUAAUUUUAUAUCA